AUGCCUGCCCAGAACAUCGCUCAACAGGCCCGCAAGAGCCAGCCUCAGAUGUUCCUAUCUCUCGCUCCCACGACCUCUGCCUCGUACCCCACCGUCGAGAGCAUCAAGCCCGCCUCGCACCCCCGUCGCAGCUCCAGCCAGAGCAGCUCCGCUAGCGCCGGCAGCCUGCGCUUCCUAAAGCUCGGCCCCGUCCACUACGGCGAGCACCAAGGCGAGCACAAGGAAGACUUCCACGAGGUCGCGGUCACCGACAAGCACUAUUAG